AUGUCCGACUACGAACGAACAAUCCUCGAUUUCUACCAGCUGCCCACCUCGUAUCCGUCAGAAUGGCCCGCAGAAAAGGACGAUGAUUCCUCCGGCGACGAGGGCGACCCCAAGAAGCACGGCCGCCAAAAGUCGCGAUACCAGGCCCUCGAGUCCUCUGGCGACGGCAAAGGUGCUGCCGUGGGCAAGAAAGGAGGGGUCAACAACUUGGUGUUGAAGGACGAGCCUGACCCGCUGGGCACCACCGACAGCGUUGUCCGCUCGCUGAGGGAAAAUGGCCUCCAGGUCCAGGACGACGUGCGACUUCGCAAUCGAUUCAUGCUGUCCUCGACUACCUUCUCUCCCACCUUAUUCCUGUCCCAGAUUCACGCCAGGGCCGAUACACGCACGUUGCUCGAGGGCCUGGACAUCCUCUCCCAGUCGAUUGAUCAGAAGUCAGCGUCUCUAAAGGUCCUUGUCGAGAGCAACUUUGAACGAUUCGUCAAGGCGAAGGCGACUAUAGACAAUGUUUAUCGAGAAAUGAAAUACCGCGGCGCCGAAUCAGGACCCGGAGCGAGGAGUUCAGUUCACGGCCGCCACGCCAGCCGGACGAGCUUACGUGGCAAGGGUGGAUUAAACAGCCCAAUGGCCAUGUCAGCGGAUUCUCGAAAGAAGAAUGCCCUCAUCAAAGAGAGUGAAUAUGGCGUGUUGGGAAUCAAAGCCCCCCUACUCGACGUUUCCGCCAAGGCAGAAGAUGUGUGGGGCCCUGCUCUGGGCGGUCGCGAAAAGGAAGAACAUCUGAAGGACUUUCAAAAAUACGUGAAUAAAUUCAAGGAUCCGCUGGAACUGAGCACCAUAAUAUCCGACUGCAUUAAAAGGAAAGACUACGAGACCCUGGUGGAAGCAUAUAACCGCGCCAGGCAGUUUGCAGACGACGCGCGCGUAUUAUCAAACAGGCUGGGACGCCAGUCGCCUGAGGACGAUGAGCUCUACCAGCUCAUGGUGGCGGCCCGCGUGUGGUAUGACGUUGAUCGUCAAAUCCAAACCUUCAAACGCGAGGUGUGGAAGAGGCUGGUUUCCUUACAUACCUUGUCGAAAUCUGAAAGUCACGGUGGCCGAGGCCUGGAUCAGCACAUGGAUGUCAUUACUCUGUUACUGGAGCUUGGCGUUGGGGAGAGUCCGAUAUGGGUGUGGCUUCUCAGCCGAUAUGAGUUCCUCAAAAGCAAGAUUCAGUCAACAGCUGAUCACACCAAAGCGGAAAUUGAGGUGCUUCGCCGGAGAUUGGCGGCCAGUGAGAAGCCUUCAAGUCGGGUUAUUGCCUCUCAUCUUCGCACACUAGGUCGACAGAGCAUGGACAGCAAGCCGACUUCGAGCGAUUCUGCAGAUGUCAUUGAGCUGUGGGAGAAGAUGCUUGCGUUCCUGGCUAGCUUGAUAUCCCCCCAAGGUAUUCUCGGAGACCUUCUCGAGUUUUGGCAGACUGCGCAGGGCUUCAUAGAAGGCAGGAUUCAAAAGACACUGCCUACUGGCUAUAAUGACGAGUCUCAAAAGCACCAUCAGUUGACACAGAAUAACAUAAUUGUUCUCGAAAAGGGCAUCGUGGAGCUAGUAGAUCUGCUGCGAGGACACGUCCAUGAUUUCUUUGCUGGUCUUCCCCCUGAAGAUAUCAGUAUGGUCUUUUCGCCGCUCCCCCUAUCACCCAACUCACCGGCAACGGCCAACGGAUUCGGGCAGUCUCUCAGUCCAACCUCACGGGACCCUCGAUUCAACUUUGAUCCAAAUAACCCGCCACCCUCGUCUCCCAAAAAAGGUGAGCCUUGGGAGAAGCUUGCCUUUUGGCCGCCUUGGUCGAAUUCCAUCAGCGGAGUUUACUAUCUCUGUAAGAUGUUGGCAUUAGUUGGCUCAGGUGCCUCCGAUCUUGCCACCAUCGACCCAAUCCGGUCAGGAAAUGGCCAAGUUCUCGAACAACUAAAGGCCUUGACUGGUGUCUCCAGAGAGCGCUGCGUGACGGCCCUCUGUGCCGCAUGGAACAAGGACGCCGAGAAUAUGAAGUUCAUUGAAGAUUGGCAGCCAUCUGCAGAGUCGGGCGACGUUACGCGGAUGCCUGCAAGCUUUGCGGUAUUUGAGGGUGGCCUUCUAACCGGCAUGCAGAAGAUUCUCUACAUCUCUGAAGCCAUGUCGAAGCCAAAUGCGGGUGACAUUGUCCUGCCACCGCCGGCCAAGUUGCUCCAGAUGGUUCGGAGCCAGUACGUAACCACCUUGUACAAAGCUCUCAGCGGUAUGGUGGAGAAUGCAGAGCGAUCCGUGAGAAAGGCCGAAGACGAAUGGUCCAUUGGCCAAGAAGGAGGUGUCUCUACCGUAGCUAUAUCAUCAGUAGGGAAGAGCACGCUUGACGCUGGAGACCGAAAUGUUCGAAUGCUUCUUACGCUGAGCAACCUGCAAGCGCUGCGAUCUCAAAUCGUUCCCAACUUGAACUCGCAGUUUGAGAACGCCUUUUCGGUUAAGCUCACAGACGAGUCUAAAACCAUCAAAGACGUGCUUGGCCAGAUCGACGCCCGUCUCUUCCAGUCGUACACCAAGCAGGCCACCGAGAAGCUUCGCGAAAUCAUCCUCGCCGGCCUCGAGGAUCCGGACUGGGCUCCCGCAUCUGGCGAGCGACCUCAGACGGCAAAGCCAUACGUAUACGAAACGCUUUUGACUCUUGUGCUGGUCCACUCUCAAGUUUCUACCACGGCUGCUUCUCUGACGCCCCAGGUGCUCUCCUUCUUGCUGGAACAAACCUCUCUGCAGCUGCUGGAUGCGUUCCGCAAGCGCUCGCGCUACUCCCUCAGCGCUCUUAUCCAAGCCACCCUCGACGUGGAGUUUAUCGCCCAGACGCUCAGCCAGUACACGACGGAUAAAGCUUCGGAGCUGCAGGGCCAAAUCUACCAGGAGCUGGAUAGCCGCACGGACAAUGACGCCCGUGCGAGACUGCAGAACGAGCUGCCCGAGAUGCGCAACGUGCUAAAGAAGCUUAGGGACGCGAGCAAGAACGAAUUCGCUUGCUUUAAGAAGCCGAGGCGGGCGGCGGGACAAGGAUCUUCGCGUGUGGAUAGUGGAAGCUUGUCGCCGACUUAG